AUUGAAGAUUUAAAAGAUAGAGUUAAAGAUAAAGAAGGUACUAUAGAGAGAAAGAGUAAACAAUCUCAGUCUAUUAAUAAAGAUAAGAGAAGAAUGGAAACUGAAAUGAUGGAAUUAAAAGAUUUAAUGGACGUUAAAGAAAGAAAAAUUAAUGUUUUACAACGAAAGGUUGAGGGAUAUGAAGAAAGUAUUAAACAGAAAGAUGAAUUAUUAGAUCAAGCUAAAUCUAGAAACCUAGCAAUAUUUACUAAUUCUAAUAAUGGUCUAGAGGAAUCAUUGGCAGAAAAAGACAGACAAAUAGAAAGAGAUAUAUGUUUAGAGAGUUUACACUCUCAGUGUUCCUAA